AUGCUCUUAGCUCCACCUUUUCCCAAAGCUCUUCAAUCUAAGAAAGUGGUAAAUAAUGCUCCAGAAAUUUUUGAAGUUCUCAAGCAAGUCAAAGUCAAUAUACCACUCUUUGACAUGAUUAGACAAGUUCCAGCCUAUGCCAAGUUUCUUAAGGAUUUGUGUACCAUAAAGAGAGGGAUGCAUUUGAAAAAGAAAGCUUUCUUGACUGAACAAGUUAGUGCAAUCAUCCAAUGCAAAACCCCAAUCAAGUAUAAGGAUCCGGGAUGUCCAACUAUCUCGGUGAAUAUUGGCAACACUUUUGUGAAAAGAGCACUUUUAGACUUGGGGGCAAGUGUGAAUCUUCUUCCUUACUCAGUAUAUAAGCAAUUGGGGCUUGGAGAACUAAAGUCUACUUCCAUCACACUUUCAUUGGCGGAUAGAUCGGUUAAGUUUCCAAGAGGAAUUAUUGAAGAUGUGUUGAUCCAAAUCGAUAACUUCUAUUAUCCGGUUGAUUUUGUGGUGCUUGAUACGGAACAAGGAACUAGUGGACUCAACCAUGUUCCUAUUAUACUUGGUCGACCUUUCCUCGCCACAGCAAAUGCAUUGAUUAAUUGUCGAAGUGGGGUGAUGCAACUUACCUUUGGUAACAUGACAAUUGAGCUGAACAUUUUUCAUUCAUGUAAGAAGCAUGGUACCAAAGAGGAUGAGGAACUUAAGGAGGCUUAUUUGAUUGAAUUGCCUAUGGAAAAGCUAGUAAAAGAAAAGGUUGAAGAUAAUUUUUCAAAACUUGGUGAAGCAAUUUCUAAUGAACGGAUUGAAGUUUGGAGGAUCAAAGAAGAAAUUCAACCUUUGAAGUUAAUGAAAUGGUUUUUCAGCUCUAAGAAGGUGAAAACCAUGAAGCAUGGUGUGCACAAUAAUCCAAAGAUCAUGAAAAAGAAGCUCAAGGAAUGGCAUGACCAACUUAUUCAAAAGAACAAGUUCAAAGAAGGCUAUUUCAGGCCACAUAUUUUUCCGGGAAAGCUUAAGUACCAAGGAGUUGGUCCAUUCAUUGUUUGCAAGCCAUAUCCAAAUUGA